UUGCUUUGAUGAAAUGUUUUUUUAUUUAUUUUUCUUAUGUCAUUUAUGGCAAUCUUAUGAAUAUUCUAUUGAGUCAAUGAGUGAACAAAAGGGAACACAGUAUUAUGAGUAGUAAAUAUAUUUUAUUCUAUAUAUUUAUUGCUGCCUUUUCUCUAUAUAUUAUUAAAUGCUCGUUAAAUACUAUUACAAAGGAUUGCAUAAACAUAUUUAAAUUUAAAAAUCAUUCUCUAUUCGGGUUUCCUCUGGUAAUCCACCAGUCAUUGCACAUUUUGACAUCAAAUAAAGAUUUUCGUUAGUCAAAUAUUUUAAAGAAAUGAUCAUUCAACUCUUAAGGAGGUAUAAAUUUCUAGUGAAAAGGCAGAUAAUAAAUAUUUUGAAUAAAGUAUAGUCACAUACCCUUUAUGUAAUCCUUGAUUAGUUUUGGAUAAAUUUGAAGUAGUCACAUUUUUGAAAUGCCAUUUCUCGCCAUUUUCUAUCGCGUAGUCAUCUGACUAGGAAGGACAGGGAGGAGGCGUUACUCAUUAUGAUUAGUAUACUGCGCAUGCUUGAAAACAUGCCUUGAGGGAUCAUCCUGUUUCCUGAGGAUUCACAGGCAUCCUCACGCUAUACACUACCAAUUAACUAUGUUUUUGUAAUUAUAGUUGAUAUAUUCGAAAUGGCAAGUCUGCAAAUAAACUUUGAUAUUCUUCUUCUGUUGCUGAAAGCAUCUUCAAAGCAGCAAGUUUUAGAUAUUGUUGAAAAUGCUUUUAAAUAUCGAGAAAAAGAAUUACCUCCUAAUCAAAUUUUAAAACCUGUUGCAGAUUCUUUUGAAGUAGAUACAACAGAAGCUUCAAAGUUAUUUUCUGCAUUGGGUGAUUUCAUUAAAUUCAUAUUAUUUAAUGGAUACUCUACUUAUGAAAGCAUUAUAUCACUUUUUCCUGAAGAUUUUCAUAAAAACCUACGGGACUUAGUAUCAAAAAUAUUCAUUGAAAAAUUUUCAUCAUGGAAGACAGCAGCAAUAACUAACUCAGUGUCAGUGCCAAGACUAGUUGAAUAUGACUGGAGAGUUGAUUUAAAAAUGGCAUCUGGAAAGAUUGCUAGGAUGAGUGAGCCAACAUGUAUUUUAAAUUUGAAGGUACUUGAUCCUGUUUAUCCUGAAAAUCAGCCUGAUCACCUUCAAACUCUAAAUGUGGAACUGAGUAAAGAGAAAUUGGAUACAAUGCUUCAUGGCCUAGGACGUAUUAGAGAUCAAUUAUCCGCUGUUUCUAAGAAAUAAAUGUAUAUUCCAAUUAGUCAAUUAAAAUAUUCUAAUUGACAAUUGCAAAAAAAUAUAUAUAGUUUUUCUAAUUAAAAUCUGUAUGAGUCUUCAUAACCUAAUUACUUGAUGAAAAUUUGCAUAGCAGUUGAUAUGGUAAAAGAUUCAGAGGAUUCUGUUAUCAUUCUUCACUUAUGUGCACUUAGUAUCAUUAAGCUAUUAUUAGGUUCAUAAAAGUGGCUGAAACCGAAGACUUUUAAGAGGAUACUAAGUAAGAUCAUGGACAAUUAAAUGGCAGAACUUUCUAGGAAAUCAAUAUCAACUUGUGGAAGAAGUUUAUAACAAAUAUUUCGGUUUUGUAUCAUCAAAUUAUUAGAAGAUUUAACACAACAUUAUUAUAUAUGUUAGUAAAAUAUUAAAGCCAAUGUACUUGAAUGAUUAUUUAAGUACUUUUGUUAUGAAAACAUUCCUUUCAGAUGGUUUUUCUACGCAAUAAUUUGUUACCACUUAAUAGGUCUAAAGCAAAACUUCUUUCAAAGAUAAAAAGCAAAGUCUUCUCUUUGCUUUUUUAACAAACUUGUGGAUUUAUAUAUUCUUUAACAUAAUAUACCAAAGGCUUGAGAUUUUGACUGUUUUUAAAUAAUUAUUUGCUAUUGUUUGUUUGAGGAGGGGAAGUUUUUUUGGCCUACAAUGCAAAAAGUGAUCAAAAAGAAAAAGUUUGGGAACCAUUGCUCUAGCUCCAAUCGAGUAAUCUAGAUCAUGUUCAUUAGUGCACCGUGAAAUUGUAUCCACAAUCUUCUAUUUAAUUAAUUAAAAAAUCUUUGAAAAUGAA